AUGCACGCACGCGACCUGUGGCUUUGGCGCAUCGUCGAGACGAACGCAGAACGCGUCAGCGUUGAGUAUGGAAGCGACCUGGACGCGGAUGUGUACGGAUCUGGGUUCGGGUUGUAUCCAAGAGCGAAUUACGACGGUAACGACGAAAUCAGCGACGAUGUUAUGAGUCGUCGCGCGGAUGCGGACGGCGACGGCGACGGCGACGGCGACGGCGACGGCGACGGCGACGGCGACGGCGACUGCGACAGCGACAGCGAGGACGGCGCGCGGCGACACGCGUGGGAUUUCAGCGAGCUCGUGAAUCACCCGUCGAACAUACUUCGCGUUGUCGGUGGGGACAUUCCCGGGCUGACACGACCAUGGAUUUACUUCGGGAUGCUGUUCAGUGCGUUUUGCUGGCAUGUCGAGGAUCACUACCUCGGAAGUGUGAACUACCUCCACGACGGCGCGCCGAAGACGUGGUAUUCCAUCCCCCCUGCGUCGGCGUCCGCAUUUGAACGCGCGGUGCGAACGAUCGUUCCGACGCGCGUGCACGACACCCCGGAUCUGUUGCACCGACUCGUCACGCUCGUACCCCCCGGGGUUCUUCGCGAUGCCCACGGCGUCCCGGUAUUUCAGACGUUGCAGAAACCGGGGACGUUCAUCGUGACGUGGCCGCGCGCGUACCAUGCCGGGUUCUCGCACGGGUACAACGUCGGAGAAGCCGUGAAUUUCGGCACAGCGGAGUGGGUCCCAUUCGGAAGAGCCGCGGUGGAGGCGUAUGUCACGAGCUCGUUCAAGCGAAACGCGGUAUUCUCUCACGAGAGGGUGUUGCUCGAAACCGGAAGACGACACGCGCGAUCAUUCGCUAGCCCGGGCGGCGUGAGCGACGAGGCUCGAGCGCCGUGGAUUGCGAGUGUCGCGCGGAUGAUACGCGAUGAUCUUUUCACGAUCGCGCGUGAGCAACGCACCGGACGCGACGCGGCGCUGACUCGAGGUGUUCGCGUGAGUGCGGACGAUGAUUGUUUGGGAGGCAGAGUGACUCACGACCACGAGGUCGUGUGCGCGGAGUGCAAAUCGAUGCCGUACCUCGCGGUCGCGCGCUGCGAAACGUGUUGGAAGCUGAAAGAUCACAUCGAGCUCUCGCAAGCCAUCGCGAGGGCAAGGGCGCAGGGAAAGUCCGCCGCGGGCGCGGCGUUGGCAUUAGGGAACGAUCGCGCGAAGGGCGCGCCUUACGGAGGAACCACACGAGAAGGAAGGAGAGAUCUUAACCGGCCGGUUUUUUGUUUGAAACACGCGCUCGGGGGCGCGUGCGGUCACCCCGCGCGUGAAAGAGUCGUGAACACGAGGGUGGACGUGCGCGAGAUCGAGGACCUCGCGCGUGCAUUAGGGGAGUUCGUCGGGCCGUCGUGAGUGCGUGUAGACGUGAGUUGCUCUUCCAGACGUGUCAGGGUGACGCGCACGCGAU